UCUUUUCUUUUCUUUUCUUUUCUUUUCUUUUCUUUUCUUUUCCAUGGUACAAUGUCGUCUUUGCCAGGAACGGUACCGCGAAUGAUGCGCCCGGCUCCCGGACAGAAUUAUCCCCGCACCGGAUUCCCUCUGGAAGUGUCUACGCCUCUGGGCCAGGGACGGGUCAACCAGCUUGGGGGGGUCUUCAUUAACGGCCGACCGUUGCCCAACCAUAUCCGACACAAGAUAGUCGAGAUGGCCCACCACGGGAUCCGGCCCUGCGUCAUUUCUCGACAGCUUCGGGUCUCCCACGGCUGCGUGUCCAAGAUCCUCUGCCGCUACCAGGAGACCGGGUCCAUCCGGCCCGGCGCGAUCGGCGGCAGCAAGCCCCGGCAGGUAGCCACGCCGGAUGUAGAGAGAAGGAUAGAGGAGUACAAGCGGGACAACCCCGGCAUGUUCAGCUGGGAGAUCCGAGAUAAGCUGCUGAAGGACGGGGUGUGUGACAGAAGCACAGUCCCUUCAGUGAGUUCGAUCAGCCGUGUACUUCGAGCUCGGUUUGGAAAAAAGGAUGAGGAGGAUGAGUGCGAGAAAAAGGAAGAAGACGGAGAAAAGAAAACGAAGCACAGCAUCGACGGCAUCCUGGGAGACAAAGGCAGCCGGAUGGAUGAAUUGUCAGAUGUGGAAUCAGAGCCUGACCUUCCACUGAAGAGGAAGCAGCGUAGGAGUCGGACUACUUUCACAGCGGAGCAGUUGGAGGAGCUGGAGAAGGCUUUUGAAAGAACACACUAUCCUGAUAUUUACACUAGGGAGGAGCUGGCCCAGAGAACGAAACUUACUGAGGCCAGGGUCCAGGUGUGGUUUAGCAAUCGGAGGGCAAGGUGGCGGAAACAAGCAGGAGCCAAUCAACUUGCAGCAUUCAACCACCUUCUGCCAGGUGGCUUUCCUCCCACAGGGAUGUCAACACUACCUACAUAUCAGCUGCCAGAAUCCAACUACCCAUCCAACACACAAGAUAGUGGAGGUACUGUUCACCGUCCCCAACCCUUACCUCCUUCAACCAUGCACCAGAGUGGUUUAUCAAGUCCUGACAGCAGCACUGUCUAUGGUCUGGCAACCAACCGGCACAGCUUCUCCAGCUACACCGACACCUUCAUGAACUCUGCUACACCUAGUAACCAUGUCAACACUGUCAGCAAUGGGCUUUCCCCACAGGUUAUGAGCAUCCUGAGUAACCCCAGCGGUGUGUCCUCACAAACACAACAUGACUUCCCCAUCUCACCUCUUCACAGCACUCUGGACUCUACUUCGUCCAACAGUAUCUCAGCCAACUGCAGCCAGCGUUCAGCUGAGGCCUCCAUUAAGACGGUGGACAACCUUCCCUCAUCACAGUCUUACUGCCCCCCCACAUACAGCACCACCGGCUACAGCAUGGACCCAGCUGUGGCUGCUGCUGGCUAUCAGUACAGUCAGUAUGGCCAGACUGCUGUGGAUUACCUGGCCAAGAACGUCAAUCUCUCCAGUCAGCGCAGAAUGAAGCUUGCUGACCACUCAGCUGUACUGGGACUGCUGCAAGUUGAAACUGGCCAGGCCUACUAGUACUUAUUUAAACGGCUGUACACCUGGUCACCAGCACAACCUGCACCUCCUACUACAAUACACAUCUCCCAGAGAGCAUUUGUGUGUGUGUGCCACAAACUGAAUAUAAAUGUGUCUAUUUAACUUUUUUUUUUUUCUUUCUUAUUGGUGGCUUAAAGAUUGAAUGAUGCAGUUUUCCAAGCUUUAAACAUUCCUCAUGGAAAGAACCAAACAACAAGGAUUCCAGUAUUAAGAAUAUUGCUGAGUUGUUGCACCAAAUUUUCAUAGCACUGGUGUGUUUAACUUUGAAAUUAAUUAUAUAAGCAAUUACAAUGUGAACCCCAAGCCAAUUAAUCUGAGUAUAACCUGCUGCAUAAAAUAACUUGUUUAACCUGAUACAGCUACUUAAAGUGAAGAAAUAAUAAUAAUGAUGAUAAUAAUAAUGUAAUUUCAGGUUCUCUGCAAAAAUGUUCAGAAAUCACUAAACAGAAAAACAGAAUUAAUCUCUUCUCCUACUUCAAUAGAUCAACAAAUAAAAUAUGAUGAACUGCAGUAAAAAGCUGAAUGCAGAACACAUUUAGGGGGAAGUUUUAAUUGUUAAAUUCAUUGGCAUCCAAUUUUUCAAUGAAUUGAUAAAUCAAACUGGCAUAAAAGAGACCUGUCUCAGCUUCAGGAAGCGACACACUGAUUUGCACACA